AUGGUUUAUGAAGUUGUUCAUAAGGAGCCCCUUUAUCGUGUCUACAGUGCCUCAAAAGUCAGCUUUGCCAAUGUGAUAAAGACGAUUUUCGACGCGAUUCGCGUACUUCUUCCGCUUGUUAUUAUCUUUUCCACACAUGGUCUUUGGAAGAAAACGGGUACGUAUAGGGAACGACCACAUGUGACGUUCGAAGGAAAAUAUUUGAUUUUGUUGGAGACUAACGAUGGAUUAAUUUAUACCAGUACGCUGCCUGUGCUAAAUACUGCAGAUCCGUCGCAUUUUACUAUGUCUGAAGUUCAGCAACAAUGGAUUCGUGAGGAAAACCAGGACAGUGAAUUUAUCAUGAACAUUUGGCUUCCAAGCAUGGGAAAUUUCCCCAAAAAUCUUGUAUUCUUCGUCUUUUUCAAAUAUAGGUUGGAUUACCAUAGUGAUGUUGAGGCCGAAGUGGUAUUGCACGAUUCUUUACAAGUAGCUGGAAAUACUUCGGCAGCGACAAUAUUAGGAAGAAUGACAGCAGAUCAGAAAGAGCCGUUCAGGUGGAGAGAACGCUACUUACUGUUCGAUCCCGACAGACGAGAUGCUGAACAUUAUAAACCUAUCGAAAUAGCUACGAGAGCAAUAAAACAGCCGUUUAAUGUUCGUUUAGAUAGGUGA